AUGGYCAUCAUAAACGGCCUACUGAGCGAAAUUUUUAUUCUUCAAAUGAUAUUAUGUUCUAUAUUCGUUUAUGGUGAAUUGGUGCCUCUAGAUGAAUCCGUCAGUGAGCAUAUUUAUUUGAUUGCAAUUGAAAUUAAAAAGGAAAAAUUUCAGAUAAAGGAUGACAGUUUGAAUUAUCUUAGCAUUCCAUCAGAUUUCAACAAGCAGAAUAUAUCUAAUGAACGUAAGAACAGCAUUGAAAAAGAUGACAACGAAUCAGUGGAAUACUUACGAAAUUAUGCCAAUAUGUUUAAUUAUAUUAAUUAUAUGUAUGAUCACAACAUUUAUAGCAACAAUACAUAUAGUGGAAGUCGUAAUGCGGUUCAAUUCAAUUCUCCAAGAAAUCGGGAAGUGUAUUUAAAGCCUUUGGAUAUUAUUGUUUCUCAACUUCGUAAUUACAAACAUGAAACAAUGAUUAAAUUGAAAGACGAGAAUGUCGAAUCAGCAUUUAUUUCACCUACUAUCGUCGUUGAAUAUAAAUCAUAUAUAAAUAAUAAAUCAGAUAAACGAUUCAAAAGUUAUUCAAAUGCACCAGAAUCAAUUUUUCACACACAAGUUAACGUAAACUCUCCGGGGUCUAAAUUAAAUGUGGCUAACAGUUUUCCUCUUUUAAAUGAUAUAAGCACUGAAGUAAAUGACGUCGACGAAAUAUUGGAGCCUGUAAUAGACCAACCAAUACCGGAGACUGAUACAGGUAUAUACUCGGUUGAAGUUAUAUGCACUCCUGAUAUGACCAAAGUAAACCUCUGUUCGGAUUUACGAGAAGACGGUUACCAUUAUGAUCGGCCCAGGGAUAAUUUCUUCGAUUGA